AUGCAGCUCUCAUCUAUGCUCAUCGUCGGCCUCGGAUUCGCCUCCACCACGUCCGGCUAUGUUCUCACCUUGUAUAAAGGCGAGAACUGCGGAGGCGCCUCGCAGAGACGCAACAUCUACGACAACACCUGCGCUACCACCGAUUUUGCCCCCAAGUCCGUCCGGGUCGAGGUCUAUGGGGGUUAUAACCAGAAGGCGUACUUUUACUCUACCAAGGGAUGUAUCGCGGGCCAGGAGCUCCGUGGUCCGUGGUGUUGGCUCUUAAGCGAAUGA